AUGAAAAUUAUUCGAUCGUUCGAAAAUCAUACCAAUUUUUUUUUUUCUUUCCAAUCGAAAGUUGGAACCUGUUGUGUCGUUCUGCACGGCCUUCAGCUUAUUCCACUGUUUCAGGAUAAUCUUAGCGCGACGAGUUCGUUGGCGUCGAAUCUUCGAAAAGCGUACACGAACGAGUGGGCGGUACGAAUCGCUGGCGGUUCCGAGGAGGAGGCGACGAGACUGGCCGCCAAGUACGGGUAUCUGAACUUGGGUCGAAUCAUUCCGGGUGAAGAGUAUUUUUUGUUUCGUAACGUCAAUCAACGAAGUCGAUCCUCACGAAAAACUCGAAGUCUUCAGCUAAAUCGGAUCUCCCACGAGCCUGAGAUUCUUUGGAUGGAACAGCAAGUGGCCAAGAAGCGCGUCAAAAGGGACUAUCGGCAACGGACACGAUCGCGGCGGGCUCGACCGAUUAAUGAGAAUGAUCUGAGUUUUGGCGAAGACGAAACACUCGUCAGUAAAUCACGGAAUCGGAAGCAACCGGACCCAAACGAUCCACUUUGGACUGAUAUGUGGUACUUGAAUCGGGCCGAAAUCACCGGCAACUCCAAGAUGGACCACAACGUGAAAGAGGCCUGGGAUCUCGGCUAUACCGGUCGCGGAGUCGUGGUGACGAUCUUGGACGACGGCCUCGAACGGACACAUCCCGACAUCGCACCCAACUAUGACGCUCGUGCCUCGUACGACGUCAACGACCGCGAUGACGAUCCGAUGCCGCGUUAUGAGUAUUCCGAUGAGAAUCGCCACGGGACGAGAUGUGCCGGCGAGGUGGCCGCCAUCUUCAACAAUAGCCUUUGUAUAGUGGGAAUCGCCUAUAACGCCCGGAUUGGAGGUAUCCGAAUGCUGGACGGAGAUGUGACAGAUGCUGUAGAAGCUGCAUCGCUGGGCCAUAACUCGGACUACGUUGAUAUCUACAGUGCGUCGUGGGGUCCUGACGACGACGGUCGGACUGUCGAUGGUCCCGCAAAACUGACCCGAGCCGCUUUCGAACGAGGCAUCCGGGAAGGACGACGCGGGAAGGGCUCGGUUUUUGUGUGGGCGUCGGGAAACGGUGGCAAAGACGCCGAUUCGUGCAACUGCGACGGCUACACCAAUAGCAUCUACACCCUCUCGAUCUCGGCCGCUACUGAAAAUGGCAACAUUCCGUGGUACUCGGAAGCAUGUAGUAGCACCUUGGCUAGCACAUAUUCCAGUGGUGCAACUGGCGAGAAAAUGAUCGUCACCACUGAUUUGCACCAUGCCUGCACCAACACCCAUACGGGGACGUCAGCCAGCGCCCCGCUGGCCGCGGGCAUAGUGGCGUUGACACUCGAAGCCAACCCGGACCUGACGUGGAGGGAUUUACAGCACAUUGUGAUCCGAGCCGCUAAGCCGAUCAAUCUCCGUGCUGGUGACUGGGUGACGAACGGCGUUGGACGAAAUGUCUCACACUCAUUCGGCUACGGUCUCAUGGACGCCGGCGCCAUGGUGCAAUUGGCGCGGAACUGGACAACAGCUCCCGAACAGCACAAAUGCAGACAGUUCUACCCGAGUCGAUUCAAGACAAUACCUCAUGGGAAUCGACUCCAGCUGCAGCUCUACACGGACGGUUGUGCUGGUUCGCCGGACGAGCAGGUUGUGUAUCUGGAGCACGUGCAGGCAAUUAUCACACUGAAGGCCCCAAAGAGAGGCGACAUACAGAUCUACCUGACAAGCCCUUCAGGGACACGCUCCACCCUGCUAACCAAGCGGGCGCGGGAUACGAGUCGAGCCGGGUUUAUCGAAUGGGCUUUCAUGACCACACACAGUUGGGGUGAGCUCGCUGCCGGUCUUUGGACGCUUGAAGAUGCCGAGUUGGUAAAAUGGGAUCUGGUGAUGUUCGGUACCGUAGACGAGACCACUCAAUACGGUGGAGGCCAUAACUCGGCCCUAAUGGCCAGGUCGUUGGCUCAUAUGGAAGAAAUUCGGGCUGGCGUCAAAAUGGCGCCGUUCCACGCUCGUCUUGCCUCGAUUCUGCUGCCGAUGCUGAUUCUUUUACUCCGAUUAUGA